GUUUACGACUGUCAAAUCGAGCAAAGUGCAGUGAGGAACGCCAGAAAAUGCGUAUAUGGGCAUUCUAGAGGUCUUGAAAGAAGUGGUCUCGGUGAGAAUCUCUGGAUGAAUUCUACAAGACGAAUGGAUAAGGCCUAUGCAGCGAAAAUGAUGUGCGAUGGGUGGUUCAAGGAAUUAUCAAAGUCGGGUGUGGGACAGGCGAACGUGCUCACAGAAAGUCUUUUCUCUCGACAAGUUGGUCAUUAUACUCAG